AUGGCAGUGGCUUUUAAAGAUGAAACUCAGAAAGGAUCAACAAUCUACACAUAUGAAGAUGGAUUUGAAGCCAGUGAUGAUUUUGUGCCUCCUUCGAAGCCUGAAGUUAAAGUGGAUGUUGUGACACAUAACAGUGUGACUCUUUGUGUUAGCGCCCCCACAUGGGGAGCCGAGGCAGUGACAGGCUACAGGCUGGAGUACAGAGAGAAGGAAGAGUCCAGUGCAAACGGAGAGUGGCAGCAGCAGUCAGUGGCAAACACCGGCUUAACCACAGUCACUGAACUGAACCCAGAAACAGAGUACACCUUCAGACUGAGGGCUCUCACUGAGAUGGGACAGGGGCCCAUGAACGUACUCACCAACAAAACUUGUCCUGCACCAGAGGGCCCCAGACGCCUCGCAGAUGAGGUGAGGAAAACUUGUGAAGUCAUAGAGACCAAAGGAUCUCUGCAGAUCCUGAAGGUUCCACUGCAGAAAUAUGAAAUGAACAUUCCUGGCUGUGCACGGUUCAACUUCGGCUCUGAGGUUCAAGGAAAGAAAACCUGCACCAUAAUGGUGAUGGGAGCCACUGGAGCUGGUAAAUCCACCCUCAUCAACGGCAUGAUCAACUACAUCCUGGGCGUGCAGUGGACGGACAAAUACAGGUUCAAACUGGUGGUGGAAGAAGAAAAGUGUCAGAGUCAGACAUCAGAGGUGACCGUUUACAGAAUCAACUUUGACGAAGGCUUUAUGAUCGACUACUCUCUGAACAUCAUUGAUACUCCAGGCUUUGGAGACACUCGCGGCAUCAAAAGAGACCAUGAAAUCACUGAGCAGAUCCGGAACCUCUUCUCCAACAGCUUUGGGGUGGAUGCCCUUCACACAGUGUGCUUCGUCGCUCAGUCUGCUCUUGCUCGCCUCAGUGCCACACAGCGUUACGUGUUUGAUUCUGUCCUCUCCAUCUUUGGGAAGGACGUGGCUGAAAACCUCAGGGUUCUGGUGACUUUUGCAGAUGGACAAAUGCCUCCAGUUCUAGAGGCCAUCACAGCUGCAGAACUCCCAUUCCCCAAAGAUGAUGACGGAAAACCUGCUCACUAUAAAUUCAACAAUUCAGUACUUUUUGCUGAAAACCAAAGUUCUGUGGUUGGCUUUGAUGAGAUGUUCUGGAACAUGGGGAAAGCAAGCAUGAAAAGCUUCUUUGAUACCCUGAAUAAGACUGAACCUAAGAGUUUGACUCUGACUAAAGAGCACGACGUGAGUGAAGUGGUUCAAGCCACCAAUGCAGCCAUAAACCGUUUGGGAGAGAUCGCUCUGAGGCCCAACCCUCUGUCUGCUCCAGACUACAUUGACCUGAUGAUAGAGUCAGAGAAGAAUCAGAAAAGUCCUGGGUGGAAGCAGAGAGUGAAGGGUCUGGAGGAGCUGAAGCAGAAGGCAGAAAUCCUCAAAAAAUCCGUACAACAGGAACCAGACGAACAAGAGAAACUAGGGAAACCAGAGGCACAAGGGAAACCAGGGGAGCAAGGGGAACCAGAGGAACAAGAGGAACCAGAGGAACCAGAGGAACCAGGGAAAUCCCUGGAGGUGGGUCUAGUGGUGGGUCUGGAGGUUGCUCUGGAGGUGGGUCUAGUGGUGGGUCUGGAUUCGGUCUGGAGUCCCGCUAAAACUCCCCCUGAUGCCGUGCUGAAGGACCCCCAGAAGCAGCCUCUACGGGCGGCGAGAGGACCCCCAGAAGCAGCCCCGGACAGCGGCAUGGAGCGGGCCACUUAUGCCCACGCACAGGUCCAUCUGAGCGGGGGAGCGCCCUGGGGAUUCACGCUGAAGGGAGGACUGGAGCACGGAGAGCCGCUGGCCAUCACCAAAAUCGAGUGCGGAGGUAAAGCUGCUCUCUGUAAACUUCUGCGAGUGGGAGACGAGCUCAUCAGCAUCAAUGGGACAGUUCUGUACGGCAGCAGACAGGAGGCGCUCAUCCUCAUCAAAGGCUCCUACAGAACCCUGAGGCUGACUGUGCGCAGGCGAACUGUUCCCGCUGCCAGGCCUCACUCGUGGCAUCAGGAGCAGAGCCCUUCCCCCUGUGCCAUGCAGCUCCACCCAGAGGCCUGCUCCCUGCCCUGGACCCAGACCGACCUCAGCACCGACCUCAGCACCGACCUCAGCACUGACCACAGGUGA